AAAUUCUUUUGGCUUAUACAGUUAUUAACUUGUGUUCUGCAUUUCAGUUGAUAUAAAGUUGUAUUGUCAUCGCCACGCUGAAUGGGAAUCAUGGAUCAUGCCGAGGUUGAAGAUAACUUGUUUGCCUUUGGCGAGCCAAAGUUACAUAGAGGGAUGUGCAAUACACUCUCGGCAAGUUAUUCCAAGGUAUUGGGGAUUUUCCCAGAUCUGGAAGCAGCACGGCCAAGGAGCACAUCAGGAAUUCAAGCGUUAUGCGCAUUGCACAUAGCACUUGAAAAGACUAAGAAUAUUCUUCAACAUUGCUCCGAAUGUAGUAAACUUUAUUUGGCUGUAACUGGGGACUCUGUUGUUUUGAAGUUUGAGAAGGCAAGAUGUUCCCUUGAAGAUGGUCUUAGGCGAGUUGAAGAUAUUGUUCCACAAGCUAUUGGUUGUCAGAUUUCCGAAAUUCUAAGUGAACUUGAGGCAACUGAGUUCUCACUUAAUCCAUUGGAGAAGCAAGUGGGUGAUGAUAUAAUUGUGUUGCUCCAGCAAGGGAGAAAAUUCAACAGCAACGCUAAUGACAGUAACGAGCUCGAAUCUUUUCACCAGGCUGCUUCUAGACUUGGUAUUACCUCUUCAAGAGCGGCUCUUAGAGAAAGAAGGUCUCUAAAGAAACUCAUAGAAAGAGCUCGGUUGGAGGAAGACAAGCGGAAGGAAUCAAUAGUGGCUUAUCUUUUGCAUCUUAUGAGGAAAUACUCGAAGUUAUUUCGAAGUGAAUUCUCAGAUGAUAAUGACUCACAGGGUUCAAAUCCUUGUUCCCCCACUGUUCUAGGAUCUUUUGAAGAUGGUAAUGGGCCUGGUGGAAAUGUUCAUGCCUUUGAGCGGCAUCUCUCCAAACUCAGUUCUUUCACUUUCAAACCAAACUUCAGGAGAUCAGGGCAUGUGCCUGUUCCUCCUGAGGAGUUAAAGUGUCCCAUAUCGUUGCAGCUCACGUACGAUCCAGUCAUCAUUGCUUCUGGGCAAACAUAUGAAAGGAUUUGCAUUGAGAAAUGGUUCAAUGAUGGGCACAACACCUGCCCAAAAACUCAGCAGCAGCUCUCUCAUCUUUCUUUAACUCCUAAUUACUGUGUCAAGGGUCUGGUUGCUAGUUGGUGUGAACAUAAUGGAGUUCCUGUUCCAGAUGGCCCACCGGAGUCUCUCGAUCUCAACUACUGGAGGCUGGCUUUGUCUGAAAGCGAGUCUGCGAGUUCGAGAUCAAUGGACAGUAUUAGCUCCUGCAAGUUCAAGGGUGUAAAGGUGGUUCCUUUGGAGAGUGGUAUUAUUGAGGAGGCUGAAGGAAAUGAAGUUGAAGAUGUGUAUGCACGGGAAGAUGAGUUUGAGAUGAAUGUGUUUGAAAAAUAUGAAGACUUUUUGGCCAUCUUGGAGAAAGAGGAGGACUUGAGGGAAAAGUGCAAGGUGGUAGAACAGAUGAGGCACUUGCUAAAGGAUGAUGAGGAAGCCAGGAUUUAUAUGGGGGCAAAUGGUUUUGUGGAAGCGCUACUGCAGUUUUUAGAGUCUGCUGUGCAUGUAAGAAAUGAGAUGGCUCAGAAAGUUGGAACUAUGGCUCUCUUCAAUCUUGCUGUUAAUAAUAAGAGAAACAAAGAAAUAAUGUUGGCAGCAGGAGUACUUCCGCUACUUGGGGAAAUGAUUUCCAACUCCAAUUCUCAUGGAUCCGCAACAGCCCUUUACCUAAACCUUUCAUGUCUUGAAGAAGCCAAGCCUAUUAUUGGCUCAAGUAAAGCUGUCCCUUUCUUAGUUAAGGUACUUUGCUCGGAAGCUGAUUCCCAAUGUAAGCUUGAUGCCCUUCACGCCCUCUAUAAUCUCUCCUGCCACCCCUCCAACAUUAUCCACCUUCUCUCAGCUGGCCUCAUUAAUGGUCUCCAAGCCCUUGUAACGGAUUCUAGUGAAAACUCAUGGACAGAAAAAUGCGUAGCUGUCUUUACAAACUUAGCUUCAAGUAAAUCAGCAAGAGAUAAAAUUAUAUCAGCCCCGGGCCUAAUAAGUGGACUUGCAACGGUAUUGGACAUCGGUGAGCCUAUUGAGCAGGAGCAAGCUGCCGCAUGCCUGCUGAUUUUAUGUAAUGGAAAUGAGAAAUGCAGUCAAAUGGUCCUGCAAGAAGGGGUGAUACCUUCACUGGUGUCGAUUUCAGUGAACGGGACUAUGAGAGCAAAACAGAAGGCUCAGAAACUUUUGAUGCUGUUCCGUGAGCAGCGACAACGGGACCCAUUGCCUGCUCAGACUCAUCAGCUGCAUGAAAAUAGUGAGAUGUCUGGUCUUGCUCAAGAAUCAAAACCAUUAUCCAAGUCUGUCUCAAGAAGAAAGAUGGGGAGGGCUUGGAGUUUUUGGUGUAAGAACAAGAGCUUUUCAGUAUACCAGUUCUGAGUCUCUCUUUAAACCCUGUUCAGUGUCGUAAAUUUCUGCUGCAGCUCCAUUUUUGUACAUGCUGUGUCCUGUUCCUAUGGGCAUUUACUUGUUAUUAGCUUUUUCCAUAGAAGAGAUGUACAGGCCUCUUGAGUCUUGUGGAAUUUUUAGUUUCUCUUUUUUGGUUCCUCUUUAGGAUAGGUUUAUGUGUAUUUGUCAAGCUAUAAUCCAAGCCUUAAAUCCAGCUUUUGAAGCAAAUCUAGCCAGCUUGGAUGCGAGUAUUGGUU